UACGAAACUGGUUCUGCGUUAUCGAUCUGAAAGUGUUCAACAUUCUUUAAGUGGUCGCUUUUUUAGAAGAGAUAAACUACUUCUCAAGUUCCAGAUUUACAAGCACAUUCAUGAUUCGUGUGAUGUGACUUUAAUUUAAUCAAACUUUUAAUCUAAUACUAUGUUUUACGGUUAAAGUUUUCUUUUUUUUUUUAGCGGUUUUGAUUGAUUAAACUAUUACAGACUUAAACUUUAAAGUAAAGGGGCAAAUGUCAGUUAUAUAUAUUAUUAUAUAUAUGUACACCACUUUUCAUCCGGAAAGCAGUUAUAUAAAGGGGGAGAGGUUUUUGCAGAUAAACGAGGACCAAAAAGAGACGUAAUUUGGUGAAAUUUGUUUUCUUCCUUUUUUAUCGGUGCAUACAGAUUAUGUUGCUUCCACUUCGAGUGAAAAAAGAUUUGUACUAUUAACCUCAAUUUUUGCUAAACAACCAAACAAUCUCUUGGUGUUAACUGAUGAUCAAAUUGAAGUACUGAUCAUCUGCUUAGAAGACAGAGACAGAGAACAACAAUGAAGAGCAGCGGCAGUCGUACCCCAUCACCGCAACCCGCAUCAGCAUUGCAUCAUCAUCAUGUCGUCGAUCCUCUGGAAAGUUCAAGGAGGGAACUGCUUUCUCCGCCUAUUCAUCCGUCAUCACCCGCCGCCGCCGCCGCCGACGACGACGAUGAUGACGUAAGGGGUUUUUCAUCCUCGUCCCCCGCCGCCGCCCACGGCGGAGGCACCCCCUCAUCCUCCUCCUCCUGGAGACUCAAUAUUGAGCAGUUCCGUUUGCCGCCUCAAGAAACCGAUACCAAACAUCAUCGUUAUCAUCCUCGCCGCCUCUGCCAUCACAGUAAUACAACUAACUCCAUUGCCCUUUUUCUUUCUGUUUUUCUUAUUUUUAUUUCCCCUGCAAUGCAUGCAUGUGUAAUAUUAAUGUAAAUUUAUUGGGUUCGGAUCUAAUUAGCUAGUUAUUUUUUUCUUCGUUUUGAAAUCAGAAUUGAAUAGGAGGAGAAAUUUUAAUUCUUUCAUUUCUUUGUUCUGUUUUUGGUGUAUUUUUGGGGACAGAGGAUGGGAAAAUUGCAGAGUAUUACAAGAAGCAAGAAAGACUUCUGGAAGGUUUCAAUGAGAUGGAGACCAUUCAUGAAUCUGGCUGCUUGCCUGGGAACCUCUCUGAGGAUGAACUAAAGCAGCUAGCUAGGAGUGAAAGGAUGGCAAUUCAUGUAUCAAAUGUGGCUAAUCUGGUGCUAUUCUUGGCAAAAGUUUAUGCAUCUGUGGAGAGCAGAUCCUUGGCUGUAAUUGCAUCAACUCUGGACUCCUUCCUGGAUCUUUUGUCUGGAUUCAUUCUCUGGUUUACAUCCAAUGCCAUGAAAACCCCAAACCACUAUCACUAUCCAAUUGGGAAAAAAAGAAUGCAGCCUGUGGGUAUUAUUGUUUUCGCAUCUGUCAUGGCAACUUUAGGAUUACAAAUACUGCUUGAAUCUGUCAGGGAGCUGAUUUCAACGUCUCAUCCUGAAUUGGAUCAUCAGAAGGAGAAGUGGAUGAUUGGUAUAAUGGUGAGUGUGACGGUAGUGAAAUUUCUGCUCAUGGUGUACUGCAGAAGGUUCAAGAACGAAAUAGUGAGAGCCUAUGCCCAAGACCACUUUUUUGAUGUGAUCACCAACUCGGUUGGUUUGAUAACUGCUGUUUUAGCAGUUCGAUUUUACUGGUGGAUUGAUCCCACAGGGGCUAUCUUGAUUGCAUUGUACACGAUGAACACUUGGGCUAGGACAGUGAUUGAGAACGUGUGGUCACUUAUUGGAAGAACAGCUCCUCCAGACUUCCUGGCGAAACUGACCUACCUCAUAUGGAAUCACCAUCAAGAGAUACAGCACAUUGACACGGUAAGGGCGUACACGUUCGGAUCCCAUUACUUUGUGGAGGUGGACAUCGUGUUGGCGGAAGAUAUGCCACUGAACCAAGCACAUAACAUUGGCGAAACUUUGCAAGAAAAGCUCGAGCAACUGCCUGAGGUCGAGAGGGCUUUCGUGCACAUAGAUUUCGAGUUCACACAUGCGCCCGAGCACAAGAAGAGCAUCAACAAGGUCUAAAAUGGUUCCAGUACUAUUGUAUGUUUGAUUGUCAUUUUGUCCUGAUGAUACUGCUAAUCCUGUUGUACAUUUCAUGAGAAAACAAUGCAUCUGCAAUAAAUGAACCUGCGUGCUAAGACAAACUGAAUCAGUAAGAUGUCGCUUUACGCUUUUAGCUUUGUUGUGUACUUGUUCGGUACUUCGAUCGGUUGAAUCAACAGCAAAACUCUCAGAUUCGGAAC